AUGACAAUUGGUGCAUUAGCAUUUGAAGACCUAUGUGUUAAGAAAGGUGGUGUGUGUGUGUCAAAUUCAAUCAUUGAUAUUAUUAAAACCAACACAACAACGAUUAAUUAUCCAUAUCAUGGCAAAAUUUUCAUCGCAUCUGAAAUUGGUGGUGUGAAACUGAAAAGUGGAUUAACUGAAAUUGAUAGCGCAGAGGCAAUUAGACUAUUUUACUUCUUAAAAGAAGACAACCAGACUAUAAAUACCAUGUGGCUACAGAAGUUUAUAGAGACUGCUUCCAAGAUGACAAAAGAAGGCAUGACAAUAUCUUACUUUACCUCAAUAUCAAGGGAUGACGAGUUUGAGAAGAGUUCUGACUCAAUCAUACCUCUCUUCUCAUUGACAUAUGCCCUGGCCAUCAAUUUUUCAAUCAUAUCUUGUUUGAGGUUGGACUGUGUGAGGAACAAGGUGUGGGUGGCAACCUUUGGUGUUCUCUCAUCUGGUAUGGCAGUGCUGUCCAGUUUUGGGUUGUUGCUGUACUGUGGGAUGCCCUUCGCUAUGACUGUGGCAACAGCUCCAUUCCUGAUUCUGGGAAUUGGUGUUGACGACAUGUUCAUCAUGAUUUCCUGCUGGCAGCAGACUCAGGUUCAUGACAACGUAGAGGACCGUAUGGCAGCUACAUACAAAGAUGCAGCUGUCUCGAUCACCAUCACAACACUAACUGAUGCCCUGGCCUUCUAUAUUGGUCUGUUAACUCCCUUUGGUUCCGUACAAUCCUUUUGUAUGUAUACUGGCACAGCUGUCCUGUUCUGCUACUUGUACAAUAUUACCUUCUUUGGUGCAUUUCUGGCACUGAAUGGAAGACGUGAAAAGGGCAACAGACACUGGCUGACAUGCAUGAAGGUUCCAGAACCAGAGGAGAACACUAAAAAGUACAACCUUUGUAGUAUAGGGGGAGCUUAUGAUCAUAAAACGGGAAAAGAGGAACCUAUGCCCAUUAACAACUUCUUUAAGAUGUACUAUGGGCCAUUUCUAACAAAUACUUGGACCAAGGUGUUUGUGAUCCUGCUCUAUGCUGGAUAUUUGGGCUCAAGUAUCUAUGGUUGCUUCCAAAUCCAAGAAGGUAUAGACCUUAAAAACCUAGCAGUUGAUAGCUCAUAUGUAGGUAGCUAUUACGAUAAUGAGGAUCAAUACUUUUCAGAGUAUGGUCCAAAUGUUAUGGUUGUUGUGACUGACAGCGAGUUUCAAUAUUGGGACGAAACUGCUCGAAAGAGUCUUGAUACUUGUCUCAGAAGUUUUGAGAGUCUAACAUUGGCUGGUCAAUCAUUGGUUGCUAAAGAUAUGACCCUUUCUUGGCUUAAUGAAUAUGUAAAAGCGGGUGUAGUUUCAAAUCCAAAUAACGAAACCAUUUUCAUGGAUAGUUUACCUACAUUUUUACAACAAUCAGGUUUCACACAAGAUGUGAAUAUUUCAAACAAAGUCAUAAUUGCCUCACGUUUGUUUAUUCAGACAAUCAACGUCAGUACAGCUGUUGAUGAAAAGAACAUGUUGAAUAAGCUUCGAGAGACAGCUAAUGGUUGUCCAGGAAAGUUGGUUGUUUACCACCCUGCUUUCAUAUACUUUGACCAGUAUGCAGUCAUUGUUAGUAAUACCAUCCAAAACAUUGUAGUUGCCACUCUUGCUAUGCUGGUGAUCUCCCUCAUGUUGAUCCCCAACCCCAUAUGUUCUCUGUGGGUGACCUUUGCCAUUGCCUCUGUCAUAGUGGGUGUUGCUGGUUUCAUGGCAUUAUGGGAUGUCAAUCUAGACUCUGUAUCCAUGAUCAAUCUUGUCAUAUGCAUUGGUUUCUCAGUGGAUUUUUCUGCUCACAUUUCCUAUGCUUUUGUCUCUAGCAAAGAGCCGACAGCUAAUAAAAAGGCUGUAGAUGCUGUCUAUCACUUGGGAUAUCCCAUCUUACAGGGAGCUGUGUCUACUAUUUUAGGAGUGGUGGUGCUGUCUGCUGCUGAGAGCUACAUCUUCAGAACCUUCUUUAAGAUCAUGUUCUUGGUCAUUUUGUUUGGGGCAGUCCAUGGUAUAGUGUUUAUCCCAGUGUUUCUGACCUUCUUUGGAAUCUGCGGAGGCAAAGUCAGUGAUAAAAAAGAUGUAGAUGGUAGGUCUAACACCUUGUCUCAAAGAGGUCACAUGUGGGUCACCCAAACCACAGGGGAUUUCAACAUGAAGAAUGUGCAUGAAUUAAGGGCUGUAGCAGCUAAUUCAAAUAAUAUUAUCGCCCUACCAUCUUCCAUAGCCAUCCGCCGGGCUGAGGUCAGACGCGUCAAGAUGCGCUGGCGCCGUGAGUAUAUGCUCCUUGAUUUCUAUUAA